UAAAUGUUAGCCAAACCUCACGACAACCCUCCGUGAGACCUUUCAAUUUGCACGUUUUAACACUCAUCGAUCUUCAAGGACCUUUCAAAUAUAAGAGUACCGACAAAGCUAUAUUAGUCAGAGUAUAUAGGUGCUAUCAUCUAUCCAUCCACAGAAGAAGAGUAGUCAAAAAAGCUGUUAUCAUAGGCCUUCCUCUUGGCAUCCCCAGCCAUCGCUCAACUCUCUGCUCCACUCUCUUCAGUUCUUGUAUAGUUGUUUUUGUUGGGUUUGAAGUACGAUGGAUAGUCUCUUGAAGGAUUUCGAUGUUCCGGCUGAGAACCCAUCGGAGGAGAUGGAUAUUCUCUUGCAGGAUUUCGAUAUUCGGGCUGAGAAUCCAUCGGAGGAGGCACAAAGGCGGGAGAGAUACGCAGUCUCCGUCGUCAGGAACCGCCGGCGGCGGUUCCACAUGGUGGCGGAUCUGGUCAAGAGAUCUGCUGCCGAGACCAAGAUUCUCAAAAACCAGGAGAAAUUGAGGGUUGCAGUUCUGGUUUCCAGAGCCGCAAUUCAGUUCCUAAAAGGUGUACAGCCAAUCGACUAUGUUGUACCUGAGGAAGUUAAAGCUGCUGGUUUUGACAUUUGUGGUGAUGAACUGGGAUCCCUUGUUGAAGACAAUAACCUAAGAAAGCUGGAAUAUCAUGGCGGCGUAGCUGGCAUUGCGAAUAAACUCUCCACAUCAAUAACCACUGGUCUUUCUACAGAUGGUAAUUUACUGAAUCGCAGAAAGGAGAUUUUUGGGAUCAAUAAAUUCACAGAAAGUCAACAACGCAGUUUCUGGGUAUAUGUUUGGGAAGCACUUCAAGAUAUGACUCUCAUGAUCCUUGGCGUGUGUGCAUUUCUCUCUUUGAUUGUUGGCCUAACAACGGAAGGAUGGCCUGAGGGGGCUCACUACGGUCUUGGAAUCGUUGCAAGCAUUAUGUUGGUUGUUGUUGUCACGGCAAUAAGUGAUUAUCGCCAAUCCCUACAGUUCAGAGAUUUGGAGAAAGAAAAAAAGAAGAGGUCGAUUCAAGUUACAAGGAAUGGAUGUCAGCAGAAAAUGUCAAUAUACGAUCUGUUGCCUGGUGAUAUUGUACAUCUCUCCAUUGGUGACCAAGUCCCCGCGGAUGGGCUUUUUGUUUCAGGAUUUUCUGUGGAGAUUGAUGAAUCGAGUUUGACCGGAGAGAGUGAGCCAGUGAUGGUGACCGCUGACCCGGCGGAUGGGCUUUUUGUUUCAGGAUUUUCUGUGGAGAUUGAUGAAUCGAGUUUGACCGGAGAGAGUGAGCCAGUGAUGGUGACCGCUGAACAUCCGUUUCUUCUAUCAGGAACUAAGGUCCAAGAUGGAUCAUGCACAAUGAUGAUAACCACUGUUGGAAUGAGAACCCGAUGGGGUAAGUUGAUGACAACACUCAGCAAAGGAGGAGAUGAUGAGACCCCACUGCAGGAAGCACGAAAGCAUUUUGACAAGGCAAGCCUUCUUUAUGACCAGGUGAUUCUCAUCUCAGUUGCACCCUGUUUGGCCGGGUCUCAACUUCUGAUACUACCUUGCUAUCAUCUCGUCACCGUCAUGGGUUUUCUCAUUCUUGGCCAUGGAUUUCAUCAAGAGAACCGCCGGCCUCAACCUCGCCAUCUUCAUCUUCCUCAUUUUGGCACACGGAACUAGUACCUUCAUGCUUUCGAGGUUAUAUUUUUUGUUGCCGAGAAAUCAGGAAACCCAUAGAUUCUUCCGCAGAUACAAACGUGCCGGGAAAACAAUUGGCUACGUGCUUCUGUUCUUCAGCAAUGUCGGUCUUUACUACUUCUCAGAGAAAUCCGUUGCUUGCAUGCUCACUUUCCUCUCCCUCGCCUUUUACUGGCUCUGCACUCUCUUCUGUUUCCAACCCUAUACGGAUUUUGGGGUCCUAGAGUUCCUUCUCUCAGCCUGUAUGAAUCAAACAUUGAAUCUUUUUGGGCUUCGAUCUUCAUACUUGUGGCUGGUUAUAAUUGCAUGUAUAAUCAUAGCAGUGAUCCGCUUCUGUCUAGAACCGGUCCCCAGAGAAGCAACUACCGAUGAAAAUGAUCUUGAAUCAUGCUGUCGGGAUACUUCGCAGAGAGGUCAGGCCAAGAAAAAUUAAGCUCGUAGAAUCGCUAACGACUUUUUUCACCAAGCCCAGUAAAUAAUGUUUGUGGUCUUGGAUCCUUCCUUUUGGGCUUGUGUGCUGUUUGUUGUGGUUGUGAGAGGAUACUUAGUUUUAAGCUCCAUUAGGCUGAGUUUUACUGUGUUUGUAUUAUAGAAGAGGUAAAAUAGAUUGUAUUGUUUGAGUGUUGAAAAAGACGUGGUUAGCUAAAAUA